AUGGCGCUCAUGGGGAACAGUACCGAGGUGGAUGAAUUUAGACUCCUGGGACUGACUGGCAUCCCAGAGCUGCAGGUUCCCCUCUUGAUAAUGUUCACCCUCAUCUAUCUCAUCACUCUCCUUGGGAACCUGGGCAUGGUCAUGUUGAUCCUGCUGGACUUCCGGCUCCACACGCCCAUGUACUUUUUCCUCAGCAACCUGUCCCUGGUGGACUGCGUUUAUUCCUCGGCCGUAACCCCCAAGGUGAUGGCUGGGCUCCUCAUGAGGGAUCAAGUUAUCUCCUAUGGGGGCUGUGCUGCACAAAUGUUCUUCUUUGUGGCAUUCGCCAGUGUCGACUGCUUCCUCCUGGCCGCCAUGGCCUAUGACCGCUGUGUCGCAGUCUGCAAACCCUUACAUUACACCACCACCAUGACUGCGAGUGUGUGUGCUCACAUGGUGCUCAGCUGCUACGCCUGGGGCUUUGCGGAAUCUGCCAUCCACACCGGGCUCACCUUCUCCCUGUCCUUUUGCCACUCUAAUGUGGUCCAUCACUUUUUCUGUGAUAUCCCCCCAAUGCUGGCCCUUUCUUGCUCUGACUUCUACGUGAAUGAAAUUGUGCUCUUUACCUUAGCAGCAUUCAAUGUUUCCUCUGCCCUGGUGGUCAUCUUGACCUCCUACCUGCUCAUACUCACGGCCAUCCUGAGGAUGCACUCGGCAGAGGGACGGAAGAAGGCCUUCUCCACCUGCACCUCUCACCUCACUGCCGUCUCCAUCUUCUAUGGCACGGUCAUCUUCAUGUACCUGCAGCCCAGCUCCAGUCACACCAUGGACAGCGACCAGAUGGCAUCUGUGUUCUAUACUAUCGUGGUUCCCAUGUUGAACCCAAUUGUCUACAGUUUAAGGAAUAAAGAGGUUAAUGGUGCAGUUGGGAAAGCCAAGGAGAAAGUGAAGACUCUGUUUUGUCCAUAA